AAUUAAAAAGCAAAAAUAUGUCAAAGGAGGCGUCAGGCUUAAUUAGUUCAUUUUUAAAAGAAACUAAUCCGCAACUGUUCGAAGCAAAAAAAAUUAAUGAGUUGUUGAAAGAAAAAAAAGAUUUGUUAUUUUUAGAGAUUGAUAUUGAAGAACAUCCCUUAUUAGCACAAGAACUUAAUAUUACUAGCAUCCCCGCUUGUUUUCUUUUUUUUAGAGAAGAGGUAGCCAAAGGGCCACAACUAGGAAGAAUGGAUUUAUCGCAGUUAGAAGAAUUUGUUAAAAUUUAA